CCCCAUUCAAACACUAUCCUAGACAUUCCCAAUUAAGCUCCAUUUCCUUUCUUUUCUUCAUUCAAUUAUAUCUCUCUUUUUUUCCCUCUUUGAACCCAAAAUGGGGAAUGCCAAAGCCUUGUCUCUCCUCCUCUUGACUCUCCUUGCUGUUUCCAUGCUUACUACUGAGGUUUUGGCAAACAGCUCUUAUGGUCCUGGAAGUUUGAAGUCUUCACAGUGCUUGGGUCAAUGUACAAGAAGAUGUUCAAAGACACAAUACCACAAACCAUGCAUGUUCUUUUGCCAGAAAUGUUGCAGGAAAUGCUUGUGUGUCCCACCAGGCUUCUACGGUAACAAGCAAGUUUGCCCUUGCUACAACAAUUGGAAGACCAAGGAGGGUGGCCCUAAAUGCCCUUAAUCUCAUUAUACUUUAUUAUUAAUAUCACUAAUUUAUUAUUAAUUUACGUCCUUAAUUUUUAAUCUACUUAAUUUAAUCAUCCUUUUGUAUUAUCAGUACGUGAUCUAGAUCCAGAAUGAAUAUGCCACUAUAUCUAUGGCUACUUUUAUCUGUCAUUCCACUUAUGUUGUACUUCUCUACUGGAGUAAUAUUUAUGAAUACUUUAUUUUGAUGA